AGUCGAGACCGAGCUCAUCCGCGAUACAGUUGAUUUUCGCAUCCAAUAGACAAAAUGGCUGAUGUUCCAAAGCGUGAAGUUGAAAAUGUCGAAUUCGUUUUCGAAGUUAUGGGUUCCCCUGGUGAGGGUAUUGAUGCCGUCGAUCUAGGCGAUGCUCUCCGUGCUCUGAACUUGAACCCCACCUUGGCUCUCAUCGAGAAAAUGGGUGGCACCAAGAAGCGCAACGAGAAGAAGAUCAAGUUGGAUGAGUUCCUGCCCAUCUACUCACAGGUUAAGAAGGAGAAGGAACAGGGCUGCUAUGAGGACUUCAUUGAGUGCUUGAAACUGUACGACAAGGAGGAGAACGGCACCAUGAUGCUCGCUGAAUUGCACCACGCCCUGCUUGCUCUUGGAGAGUCUUUGGAAGAUGAACAAGUGGAGACUCUGUUCGCUGACUGCAUGGAUCCCGAGGAUGAUGAAGGCUUUAUCCCCUACUCUCAGUUCAUCCAGCGUUUGAUGAGCGAUCCAGUUGUCUUCGACUAAACACAUUCCUCGCCAGAAUGUGUGAAAGACCAGAUCAGCUAUAAAUAACUACCACCAAAUACCAUCAACUACAACAAAAAAAAAAACAACAACAACAACAACUACAAAAAUUUAUAGCAACAACCAUUCUCCAUAGAUGUUAUAUAUUCAUCGCUAACUCUCUCUAUCUCUCUCUCGUAUAUUAUUUUAAUUAAAUUUUACUUCUGCUACUACAACUGCAAAAUUGAACUUCAAGAUAAUAUUAUUUUUUAAAAAAUAAAAAAAAAUUUAAAUUAUAAAAAAUAAUGAAAAAAACAUAAAACUAAAAAGAAAGAACGAAAGUUUUUUUUUUUUGAUACAAAAAUCAUUUUGCUGUUCAUUUUUAUUUUGUUAUGUUUAGUUUUAUUUGCACUUUUUUUUUUGUUUGAAUAAAUAGCAAAAAAAGAAAUAGCUAGCCGAAGAAAAUUAAAGAAUAUUUACAGGAAGCAAACAUUUUACAAAUUGUCAAUACUUUUGUAAAUUUUAGAACAAUUGUAGGUGAAGUAAAAUAGUGUAGAGAAAAUUCUCAAUUCAUUCGGAAAAUGUAUUGAGGGCCGAUUGCGUUUGUAAUUUUGGCUCCCACUUUUUGUGCUUUUCCUCUUCGGGUUGGUUCACGAAAGUAAUUGUUCCUAAAGUCCAUUUUUUUAACCCACAACAGCAAUAAUUUUGGAAUAAAGUUAGGUGAAAUUUGUAUUAUUUUAAUCAAAA